AUGGCGGAUGUAAACACGACGGGAUCGGAAGUAGCGACCGUUUCGGAAACGAAGGCGCCUGAAAGCACUGAGCCAGCCCCAGCACCGUUUCCUGAAAACGCGGACAAAGACUUCGAACAACGCUACAUCAAUGAUAAAUGGGUGAUACGUUAUGCGAAUGGAGGUUUUGCCAAAUUGGAAGACGAUGAGUGGAAAUACCUUGAUGAAGGAGAAGGAGAGUUGAUGCAACAGCUUUGGUUCGAACAGAUAGCUGCUGAAACGCAAAUCAUCGAUGGUGUCAAGCAUGUGUGGGACCGUGAAAAGCAAGAAUGGCAACGGGUUCAGGAAAUUGACGAGGAUUUCAUUGCUAACUAUCAGGCAAACUAUGGUGUUGAUUACGAUUAUUCAAAGAUCGAAGUGAAAAAGCCGGACAAUGUAAAACCCCAAGAAAAGGAAAAGAAUGAGCAGAAAAAGGAUAAGAAUAAAAUCCCACAGAAAGGCUGGGUCGACAACGAACUUAAUACAAGCGUUUACGUCACCAACUUACCACCCGAUAUUGAUGAAGAAGAAUUCCACGAGUUCAUGAUAAAAUGUGGUGUUGUUCAAAUGGAUCCCCGAAGCAACAAACCGAAGAUAAAGUUGUAUCGCAAUCAAGAUGGUUCAUUGAAGGGUGAUGGAAGAUGUACUUAUGUGAAACAAGAAUCGGUAGAAUUAGCAACAACACUUCUUCAUGAGUCAAUGUUCAAGGGCAGUAAGAUAUCGGUGGAGGAAGCGCAUUUCGAGAUGAAAGGCGAUUAUGAUCCAGCCAAAAAGAAGCGGCGACUGACCGCUCAGCAAAAGAAACGCUUCCUUGAUCAACAGAAUAAGAUCUUUGCUUGGACUCCAGAUAAACCACGAAGCUACCGCCCAAAAUCAGACUGUGUCGUCAUUUUGAAGGGUCUCUUUACCAUUGAGGAAAUGGAGGCAAACGCUGCUUUAAUGCUUGACUUGAAGGAAGAACUCAGCAAAAGUUGCGCGAAAUACGGUCCGGUGAAGAAAGUUGUGGUAUAUGAUAAUAAUCCGGAGGGUGUCGCUUCAGUUCAUUUCUCAAACACCGAGCAUUCAGAUUUGGCGGUGAAAAGUCUUAACAAUCGUGUUGUCGAUGGAAGAUUAAUUCAAGCUCAUCUCUGGGAUGGUCGUACCAAAUACAAGGUGGAAGAAUCAGAAGAAGAAGCAAAGAAACGUUUGGAGAAAUACGGACAAUCGCUUGAAGCGAAUGAAGAGAGCGAAGAUACGAGUGACGAACACGAAAGUGAUAGCCACGAAGAGGCUGAAGCAAAAACCGAUGAUGACGAUGGAGAGGAAGAAAGGGAAGAGGGACAACAAGAUGUCGCUUCUUCACAA